UUGAACGGUUCGUCAACCAAUAAGAGGACCGAUAUAGAUAACGUUGCAUCAAAGAGCAAUAGUUUCAUUGGUUGAAUGGUUGUGUGCAUUUCCGCCAAAGUAGUAGUGUUGUGCAACGACUGCGUAAAGUUCACUAUUGGUCUACGAUCCGCAUUAUCGAGGUCGUCCAAUAGUGCUCGAUUUGGCUACAGUUCGCCAGUUAAAUGUUCAACACGAUCCCUCUGUUAAUGUCAAGACCCGCGCCGUGAAAUAGUCGCCAUCUUUGCGACCGAGUCGCAUCCCCUCGAUUCGGUCUGUCGUAUUGUUCGCGCAGCUUUAUGUUGUGUCGGAUAGAAAAAAAAUCGUUGAAAAUUGGUGACGAAACGGGUAAAGCGGUUCAGUGAGACCGGAUAGCUUUCAAGCUUCGCCGAGAGUGUAGCCCAGCACGAAGAGCGAACGUUACGUGUGGGGCUUACGUUCUCCUGGCCUCGCGAGCGCAACCGAGUGGUGAUAAUAGACCAGCUCGCGAUUCAUCGGCCGGACCGUUAGUUACCGGCGUAUGCCAUUGUAACGUGUCGACGAAGAUCGUUUCGGUGGGAGAAAAAUGAGUUGUCAACGCAACGCUGGCAAGAUCACGGUGCCAGACGAGCUGCGUGACAUUCUGUUGGAGUUCACGAUCAGCUAUUUGCUGGAGCAACCGGUGGAUAUCAUCGAGUAUGCGAUAGGUUUUUUCACGCAACUUCGGGAAAGCCGUCAGACUCAGUUGAUUCAUCUCACUGCGCAGACCUGCUCCUCUACGCCGGACGAGUCUGUCGAUGAAGAACCGCCGCUCGGAAGGUUCGCGACAAGGAGGAAGAGUAUCUUUACGGAAGCGUACAAUCCUGAGGAAGACGAGGAAGACGAUGGAGCUAAGAUGGUGCAUCCGAAGAGCGACGAGCAACGGCAGAGGCUCAGCGACAGCGUUAAGAAUAAUUUUCUGUUUCGGGCCCUAGACGAGGAACAAAUGGCGGACGUGCUGGACGCGAUGUUCGAGAAAACCGUACAGCCGGGAGAAUUCAUUAUUCGACAAGGUGACGACGGUGACAAUUUCUACGUCAUCGAGAGGGGAAAGUUCGAGGUGUACGUCAAAGAUUCGCAGACGGGCGUUGAAUCCAUGAUACACAUGUACGAUAACCGCGGUGCUUUUGGAGAGCUCGCUCUUCUGUACAAAAUGCCCAGAGCGGCCACUAUAAAGGCCGUCACGUGCGGUACAUUGUGGGCCAUGGACAGGCAAACUUUCCGACGUAUUCUUUUGAAAUCCGCCUACAAGAAGCGUAAGAUGUACGAGGACCUCAUCAACAAAGUCCCGAUGCUCAAGUCUCUGGAGCCUUACGAGCGCAUGAACUUGGCGGACGCCCUAGUACCAAAACAGUAUUCGGCCGGUGAACAGAUAAUCAGGCAGGGCGAUACUGCCGACGGGAUGUACUUCGUCGAAGACGGCGUCGUUAGGAUUACUAUACUCGGAGACUACGGUCGCGAGAUAGAGAUUAAUAGAGUCCCUGCUGGUGGGUACUUGGGCGAGUUGGCGCUCGUGACACAUAAACCUCGCGCUGCUUCGGCCUACGCUGUAGGCGACGUAAAGCUGGCCUUUCUGGACGUUGAAGCUUUCGAACGCUUACUUGGGCCUUGUAUGGAACUCAUGAAGCGUAAUAUCGACGAUUACGAGGAUCAGCUAGUCAAAAUCUUUGGCAGCAAAGCUAACGUUACCGAUAUCCGAUGAACUGUCCAUAAGUAGUGAUACGAUGCACUGCUGUACUAAAGACACGGCUUUCGUACAGUAAUGUAAGAUGAACACAAAAACUUGUACCACCCACUUAUAUGAAUCUCAUCCGCGUGUUUCAAGUUAUCAUCUCAAGUCGACUUUCGUAAUGACUGUUCACUUAGACGUGUACUAGUAAGGAUCGUCGUUAAUAGUUACCAAGUUUGUACCUAUGACACACACUGACGGAUAAAAAAAGAAAACUUGUAUAGGCUUCUCUCGACUAUUCGUAUUCGCAUAACGGCACUGAACUCUCUAAGACUGCAUCAGAUCGUGAAAUAUUACCCUAUCUUGUCAUGUGCUCGAUCGUAUACAAGAUAGUAAUCUGAGUAACAAAAUAGUAUUCUCAAAAAAAAAAAAAAAAAAAUACUCGGAUGAUGCAACGUAUCGACAGACUCGUGCAGUUUUCAAAUAAUGUACGUUUUAUGGUACUCUAUUCUUAUACUCGACAUUUCGAGAGCAUUAUUCCGCUUUAACGCAAAUAUCAAUAAAAUAAAUUGGUACAAGUGCUUCGAUGAUCUUUCUGGUCAAGACAAAAAUUGAAAUACCAAUGGUGUAUCUUACAUUAUGAUUUUCUUCGCGAUGUUGAAGGAGAGUUUUUAUUGCUAACUUAGUACGAAAAUAUAAAUUUAGUUGUACUAAAAGAUAAGAACGGAAAUACACAUUUCGAGAUCCUGA